AUGAUAGACGAACCACAAAAUGGCGUUAGUGCGAGCAGUGGCGAAAAAGCGGCAAUUUUUAAUAAGUUAAAACCUAUAUGUGUUGGGUUAUCACAAAUCACCUUUAGGAAGGAAGAGUCUUCAAUCUUGAAUGAUCCACAAUUGAAGGAACAUUUGGAGGAAUUAGUAAAACAACUAGAUAGUUUUGGCAAUCAAAACUCACUUUCAGCAAAGUUGGGUGACUAUGUUUUUGUUCCUAUAUCUUCGAUGCUCAAAACUUGUAACUCUCUUCCCGAUCCCAUCUCAGUCCUCGUUUUCAAUGUACUUGCGCGCGUCAUUAGAAUGUGCUGGAGUGCACCUGGUGCGAUUGGUAAGAGUACUUUUAACCAGCUACUUAGUGUUUCAACUUUCUUAAUUUCGCCAGAUUUGGAGAACAAGAAGCUAUCUGAGAAGUCCGAUGAGUUCAAAAUGGCAGCCAUUCAACUUUUGUAUGACUUAUUCAGUACAUCUGCCUUCCGAAAAUGGGAUAAUGGUACUCUUCCAACAAUUGCGCAUUCUAAUACAAUUCUUCUAAAACUAUUAGAACAAGGAAAUAUGAAUAUUCAACUCGAGUCAUCGAGAUGUCUACAGGUGCUAUUCCAUAAUAUCAAUGAUGGAGAAAUGCUCAGCAAUGUUGUUCCAGGAAAUGUUUCUACAUUCUCCAAAGUGAUUUUAAAGCCUGGCUUGACUACACACUCUCAGGUAGUUUGUGAGAUUCUUAGAACAUUGACAGUUUUAUUAGUAUUGGUGUACAAUGAUUCAGCUCUCGGCGUAACAGUAGAGGAAACAAAGGACGGGCAGAACCUACAAGUCAAGGUAACGAAACCAGGGAAACACAGAACAACUAAAUGGCUUACUGCAACGUCACUUCAGUUGAAACGUGCCUUUGAACCAGUACUGGAAAAACUGGUCAAAAGAGACAACAGUACAAUAAAUGAGCAACUCUUCAAUAGUUGCGUCACUUUAGUAAACGAAUGCCACAACGCGUUCUUUUCCCUUAAGGAUAUUCUUUUAAAGACCAUACUAUCUAUUCCAAACAGAGAUCUAACAACCCUAGAUGCUCAUAAAGAUGAUAUCGCAAGGUUUAUGAGGGAUAACAAUGUCACUAUCAACACAGAAUUACAGAUGUCCUCCCAGUUUAAUAUUGUGAACAACGCCUUACAAAUCUUAGAUGGAGACCAAAUAUAUGAUUUACAAAUUUCUAGGAUCAUUCUCAAUAGUAUCAAUGAAUCAUUGAAGUCCCAUACAAAGAAGUUGGAUAAAUCGAAACCUACUGACCUAAUUAAAAUUAACAAUGUAGGAGUGAACAGUCUAAUUUCAACAAAGUCAUCAUUUGGGUACCAUGGUGGCAGCAAUAUCAGAAAUGAUAAAUAUGUUCUACCGGAUGUAUCAUAUCAGACUUACCAACAGGUUUGUGAUAUACUUCUAAAAUUAGGCUCAAAAAUGAAUGCUCGACAGCUUGAGGAGCAAAUCACGGACCUUCUAUCAGAGGAAUCUGACGUUUUAACCCAUUCAAACCACUCAAUAUGGAUUGCUUCAAAUCUAUUAAUGGGCUACCAAAGUUCAGAUCUAAGCGCUUGUUUAGAAAUUGAGUCGGAGCUCACGUCUUGUCAAUUUGACGUUUUGGAACUUGCGAAUGAGAGAAUAACUACGCUUUCUAAUCGUUCAGAAUGGACGCCUUUACAACGCAACAAUAUAUGCAUGAACUUAUACGCUCUCAAGAAGAUGAUUAUUUUGAUGGGUCCUGAUUUCAAGCAUGAAAUGUUGGACUAUAUAUACAACAUCAUUGAAUGCUUUGCUAACGAGAAUGAGAACGUUUCCACACUUUCCAAUGAGAUUCUAAUGCACAUCGCAGACCAGUUCUACCAUGGAUCGAUGGUAGAGCUUAUAUCAGACAAUAUUGACUAUAUUGUGGACGGAAUAUCGGUAAGGUUGGAUAACUGUUUGUUUCAAAGAGCGUACAUGGUGUUACAUGUGCUAAUAAAGCUAUCUGGCUACGACCUUGUCGAGCGACUCAACGACAUAUUGGAAAAGCUUUUCUGGAUGCUUGGAUACUACCAUGGAUACGACGAUCUCUGUGUGGCUCUUCUAAAUUUGUUCGCUGAAAUAUCUUUCAAGGUGCAAGACACUUUUUUGAAGAGUAAUGACUCAACAAAGCAGAUCGAGAUCAAGACGUGGAACCACGACUCGUUCAAACCUUGGGGUAUGUCCAACAUAGAACAAGUUUUCGAUGUCCUAGACAAAGAGAAGAGCAACCCCAAUGUCGAAUCUGAACUGGAACCUCCAGAACAGACCGCCGAAGAGUUUUUCAAGGAACGACUCGAGGCCGACAGUGACGACGAAGUCGACGAAGAGGACUACGAAAAUGAAAUCUCACAAGAAGAGCAGGGAGCCAAGUCUGACGAGAUGAAAUGGGAAUCCCCCAUCCCGAAAAAAGCCUAUAUGCUUCUUCUCAGGUUCUGGUCCUACUCGGAUAGACUUCUAACCCAUUCUUCCCGUAGAGUAAGACACAAAGCUCUAGACUUGCUAAUCAUACUCUGCCCGCUUCUUUCCACCCAGCAAGCUGUGUUCCUACCAAAUGUAAGUAAGGUAUGGGCCGUGGUCGUGCAGUUGUCCAUUACGGAGGACCUAGCGCAGGUUGCCAGAACUUACCAAUUGCUAGCCUCGCUAGUGGAAUACACAGACGCAUUCCUCAUGAAAAAGGUCCUAGACAUGUGGAAACUAUUCCUCCAAAGAGACACCCUGGUGUCCAGAAUACUAGACAACUACAAAAGAAGAACCGGCGCGAGCGCGAGCGCUAGUGCUAGCGCCGCACAGGAACAAUCACGCAGCGUGAUCCUAAACAACGUCCCCUCGUCUAACACACUACUCACGCAAGCGCACCAAAAAUGCCACGUCUUGCUCGUAAACUGCAUGAACCAAUUCGGUCUGCAGUUCCCAGACCAUACCGCUGUGCAGAUGUGCAUGUGUCUUCUACCACCAAUGUCCGUCAACGGUGCACCUCCAGAAUCUAAGCACGUGACUAACAUUCGUCUCAUGCUAGCCCACAAGCGCCAUCACCACCACUAG